AUGAAACAAUCGAAUUCAGUUCGUGAUUCGGUGGGGAAUCUAUUGGGAAGGAACAAUAUUGAAUCACUCAAUUUCUUUGAAGAACCCGCUCAAUACACCGCACACAUCAACAAUUUCGUUGAAGAGUUUACAAAGAAACAAAUCAGAAAUCUUAUUCCACCAAGUCUUAUAAGUCAAGGAACAACAUUCGCCAUUGUCAAUGCGGCAUAUUUUAAAGGGAAAUGGAUAACUCCGUUCGAUGAAAAACUAACUCAACAAGAAGCAUUCUAUAAGGAAGACGGAGAUAAGAUCUUUGUUGAUAUGAUGAGACAAUCGAAACAUGAGAAUAUCGAGUUCGAAUGUGGUCUCAUCAAAAAUUUGAAUACAAAAUUUUUGAAAAUGCCAUAUAAAGGUGACAACGGAACGAUUUCAAUGUUCAUUUUCUUGCCAAACGAAUCAACUUCCGUUGGCCAAUUAUUAGACGGAUUAACAGCAAAAGUAAUAGAUUUCGUAUUCAACGGUGAAACACGAAAUCUUUAUCUCUUCAAAAGAGGUUAACAUCGUUCUUCCGAAGAUUUCAUUAGAAAAAGAGCCUGCAGUGGAACCGGUAAUCAAACGUUUAGGAGUUGAUCGUUUAUUCCAAGGUGCGAAUUUUAGUGAUCUUUUCGAAGAUUAUUGGAAAUACUUUGGCGACGGAAUCCAAACAAAACUGUUGCACAAAGCCAAAAAUGAAAUCGAUGAAGAAGGUUCAACCGCUGCAGCUAGUACAGCGGUGAUGCAUUUGGAAUCUGGGCCCGAGAAUUUCAAAUGUAAUCGUCCAUUUAUUUUUGUAAUUCAUGAUAAGAAAUUGAAUGAAAUUUUAUUUGCCGGAACUUAUCAUGGAC